UAACUGUAACAUGUCUCGUUUCUUUGUUACUGGGUACACGUCCGACUCUUCGUCCGAAGAAGAAGAUUUAUUGAGUACAUCCGAGGAGGAAUUACUUUCAUCCUCCGAAGAAGAAGAAUCCACCGAUUCCGAAUUUGACAAUGACGAAUCUAGCGAAGAAGAAUCAAGUGAUGAUGAAGAAGGCAGACCAUCCGGCCCUGCCUAUUUCUUGAAGAAGUCGUUCUUGAAAGGAGCCGCCGGUGGUGAUGAGUCCGAUUCUGACGACGAAGGUAAGCGUGUGGUCAAAUCCGCCAAGGACAAGUUAUUGGAUGAAAUGAAGAAAUCAAUUGAAUCAAUAAACACCGACAAGAGAAGCAACAAUUGGCCUAGUGUCCUUGUGGAAUUUGACAAAUUGGGUAGAAGCUUGAUCAGAGCCAACCAACAAAACAUUGGUACUCCAAAUUUCUACAUCAAGUUGUUACUGGGAUUGGAUGAUUAUAUUAAUGAAAUUAAUGAUAAUGAAAAGGAAACCAAGACUUUGAACGCCGCCGAAGCAAGAGCAUUCAACACUACUAGACAAAGAGUCAAGAAGCAAGUUAAAGAGUUCCAAUAUCAUUAUGAUUUAUACAGAACCAACCCUGAUGUGUUUGAGCAAGAUGACGAACCUAUUAAGGAAGUUCAAAAGACUGUUAUUCAAGGUGCAACUGCUGCUACUGCAGCUGGUACCGCUGGUGGUGUCAAGGUCUUGUCUCCUGUAUUCGCCACCUUGAAGCAAAUCAGUGAAACCCGUGGUAAGAAGAAUGUCGACAAGUUUGAACAAAUUGAAACUUUGGAAAACUUGCUUGAAGAAUAUGCCAAUGGUACUCCAUUUGAAUUGAUUUCCAUCUACCAAAUGUUACUUUCUAUCAGAUUUGAUGCUGGUGCUUUACAGACUUACAUGUCUUUUGACUUGUGGCACAAGAACCAACAAGAUUUGUUGAAGUUGUUACAAUUGUUGGAAUCCAACAUUGCUACCUAUCAAGUAUCUGAAUCGGGUGAAUUAACCGAUGACAUUGACAUUGAACCUACUGAAAACGAAGCCGGUGUCAAGGUUAUCUUCGGUUCCAUCACUUCUCUCAUUGACAGAUUGGAUGAUGAAUUUAUAAAAUCAUUACAAAAUAUCGAUCCUCAUUCUAUUGAAUACGUGGAAAGAUUAAAGGAUGAAAUCACUAUUUACAACUUGAUUGUCAGAGGUCAAGCUUACAUUGAAUUAAUAACUGAAGACUUUAACUCAUCCGAACAAUUGGGUAGAAUUGUCUUGACCAGAUUAGAACACAUCUACUACAAGCCAAACCAAUUGAUUAAAUUGAAUGAAGAAGAAGUUUGGAAGAACAUUACCAGCGAUUCCAAGAUUGUCAGCAAGGAAUCCACUCCAACUGAAGUUAUCAACGGAUUAGCCAAGUACUUGAUCAAUCACACCAAUUCCAUGUACGGGGAUUAUGCCAAGUUGUUUAGCAUCUACCACUACGCUGUCAACAACCAAUACACUGAAGCUUAUGAAUUAUUCAUGAACUCCCAAUUCUACAACACCAUAAACAAUUCUGAAUCUACUUUACAAACCCAAUACAACCGUGCUUUGGUUCAAUUAGGGUUGUCUGCAUUCAGAUCCGGGCAAAUUGAAGAAUCACACAGAAUUCUUAAUGAAAUUGUCAAUUCGCAAAGAUCCAAGGAAUUAUUGGGACAAGGGUUCAUUUCCAAGUAUUCCAACCAAAUAACCAACCAAGAAAAGGCCAAGUUAUUGCCAUUCCACCAACACAUCAACUUGGAAUUGUUGGAAUGUGUGUACCUGACCUGUUCGUUAUUAAUUGAGAUUCCUCAAUUGGCGUUGUCUUCCAAGGACAACUCCAAGAGAAAGUCCAGUGUCAAGUCAUUCAAGAGCAAGUUGGAAUUUCACGAUCGUCAAUUCUUUACUGGUCCACCUGAAUCGAUCAAGGAUCACAUAAUCCACGCCUCUAUUGCUUUAACUAAAGGUGACUGGGCCAAGAGUUAUGAAUUAUUGUCGUCAAUCAAGAUCUGGAAAUUAUUCCCUGAUUUUGAUGAAUUGUUGAAGAUGUUGAAGGAUCAAUUACAAGUGGAAGGGUUGAGAACUUAUAUCUUCACCUACAAGACAAUCUACAAUAAGUUGUCAUUGGACAAGUUGAGUCAGAUCUUCCAGUUAUCUAAUGAAAGAAUCAAGGAAAUUUUGGAAAAGAUCAUUGAAUCCGAUGACGUCAGUGGAGAAUUCAACGAUGUCAAUGGUAAGGUUUUUAUCAACUUUGUUUCUUCCGAACCUAGAAGAUCCAAGUUGCAAGAAUUGGCAAUUGUCAUGAAUGAAAAGGUUGGGUUAUUGGCAGAAAAGAAUGACAAGACUGGUAGUAAUGGGUACGGUAAGAAGCAACCACAACAACAGCAGCAACAACAACAGCAGCAACAGCAACAACAACAAGCUCAACAGAGUCAACAACCACAACAGACUCCUCAACCUACUGAGGAACAACCCAAUAGAUUUAGAUAUGCUAAUGUCAAUUCAAAUAAUGACGAAUUUCAAGCAAGUGUUUAAAAAUAGCAUGUCGGCAUCUCAUAGUUUUUUUUAUAUAGUUUAAUAUAUUGAUAAAGUAAGU